AUGCAUCAUCCCAGGAAAGUUGAAACCAGCAGCAGUGGCAAGUUAAGUUCUGAUCAGCAGCAUUCCAGAAAAGUUGAAACUGACAGUAGCAAGUUAUGUUUAGAUUCUAGAAGCGACGAUGAUAGAAAUGAAGAAUUGAAGAAAGUGGUUUUGGAUCUGUCAAAAGAUGAUUUUCUGACCCAACUCAGAUGGAAAUCCUCAAGGAAGAGAAGACGUGGUCCUGAUGGUGGCGGAACGCCUGCAUCUGACCUGAAUAUCAACCAGAAGAACAAGAGCACCAAAAUGAGUCUUCUAAACAUCCCCGGACCAGAUGCCAGACUUCUGAUUUCUAAUGCGUUGAGCAUUGACCAUGACAACCGCAAGUACACGAGAGAUUUGCUGUUUGCAUCCUCUGCUGUACAGCCUUUAACAAGCUUAGUGAUGUCAAGAUGA